AUUUCAUUUUCUGGUUACAGAGUAAACAGCAAAAAGACAAAUUCUUUGAAGUAUAAGUCCAGAUUCACGCGUGAGAUUUCACGUCAUAUAAGUGGCGCGGUUAGAGACGGGAGCUUUGUAAAUUGCCGCCUUUGAAAAUGAGUGCAUCGUCGGGUUCUGUUCAGAAAACAGAGGAAGAAUGGCGGGCGAUUCUUUCCCCAGAGCAGUUUCGGAUUCUGCGUGAAAAAGGAACCGAGUUGCGAGGAACUGGAGAGUAUGACAAAUUUUCCGAGGAAGGGGUGUACAAUUGUGCCGGUUGUGGGACACCGCUUUACAAGUCCACGACCAAAUUCAACUCCGGCUGUGGUUGGCCUGCAUUCUACGAGGGUUUCCCUGGAGCCAUAAACCGAACUCCUGAUCCUGAUGGGAGAAGAACUGAGAUUACAUGUGCAGCUUGUGGGGGGCACUUGGGUCAUGUUUUUAAAGGGGAAGGGUUCUCGGUUCCGACCGAUGAACGCCACUGCGUCAACAGCGUCUCAAUCAAGUUUGUUCCGGGUAACGCAGCUCCUUCGAUGUGAGG